AUGAAGUACUCGGUGCUUCUUCUGUGCACCGCCGCCGCCAUCUACACGCCCGCCUCUUCGACCGACACGAACGGCCGGACCAGGAGGCAGAGUUUCAUAGAUUUUUUGCCAUGGAAUUCAAGGAUCGGUUCAGCCGACUCUCCAGCCGCCUCCGCCACCGCCGGUGGCACGAUGGUCACUGGCGCCCAGAGCGUCGCCCAGCAAAACGUGGCGGACGUUUGCCUGACCAGCAUACCUUGCAACCCUCGAGCUCGGUACAGGAGCUUCGACGGCAGUUGCAACAACUUACAGCAACCCGGAUGGGGCUCGGUCAACACUGCGUUGGUCCGACUGUUACCAGCCGCUUACCAAGACGGUGAGAGCAGACCGAGAUUGACCUCAUUCGGACGGGUACUUCCCAGUGCUAGGCUGAUCCGUACGACGCUGUUCCCGGAGAGGAACGUGCCUGACAUACGAUUCACGCUAGCCGUUAUGCAGUGGGCGCAAGUCGUUGCACAUGACGUCACUCUGCUCACGGAGAAAUCCGCUCCCGAUUGUUGUGCCAGCAACGGUAAACUGUUGCCCAUCGAAACUCUCCAUCCCAAUUGUUUCCCCAUCCCCGUACCUGCCAAUGAUCAUUUCUAUUCCAGGUUUGGUACAGCGUGUCUACCGGCCAAAAGAACUGUAUCAUCAGACGAUUUUGGGUGCACCUUAAAACCACAGCAAAAGGUGAUAGCGACGACCCAUUUCCUGGAUGCUUCACUCGUAUAUGGUGCAACGGGUCAGACGGCAGGAAACCUGAGGUCGUUCAGGGCGGGCAGGAUGAGGGCACAGAUCACAAGAGACGGCCGAAUGUUCAUGCCAAACGUCAACACUCCCACCCAAUCCUGUAACGUUGCCACAAACACAGAGGUCUGCUAUAGAGCAGGUGACGGCCGAGUAAAUCAACACCCCGACAUGGCCGUGUCGCAAGUGGCCCUUUUGCGGUUGCACAACUUCUUGGCGACAGAGUUUGCGCAGCUCAACCCUCAAUGGACCGACGAGAUACUGUACCAAGAAGCCAGGAAAUUCGUCAUCGCCAUCAUCCAGCACAUCACGUACAACGAGUUCCUGCCAAUUUUAUUAGGUGAAAAUUAUGUUCGUGAAAAUGGCAUCUCUACGCUGAAACAAGGUUAUAGUAAUUUAUACAAUUCAAACAUUAAUCCGUCCACACUGGCUAGUUUUGCUGGUGGAGCAUUUAGAUCUUUGCACAGUCUGGUGCCAUCCGUUUUUAACUUGGUGAAUGAAGAUCGCGAAAACGGUGGCGCACCAACACGUUUCAGUGAAUGGAUGAACAAGCCUGGUAUCAUACAAAGACCGGGUAACUAUGAUAUGUUCCUGAGAGGUAUAGCGACACAACCUCAACAAGCACAAGACAUAUUUUUCAGUGAAGAAAUUACCGAUUUGCUGUUCAGAGCGAAUGGACCUCUGGGCCAGGAUUUGGUAGCGAAAGACAUUCAACGUGGUCGGGACAUGGGAAUACCUUCUUAUAACCACUUUAGGACGCUAUGCGGAUUACCGAAGGCUACGACGUUCGAUGAUAUCAGAGACGUCAUGGACGAAGAGAGAAUUGAACGAUUAGUCAAAAUCUAUCCAACAGUCGACGACAUCGAUUACCUGGUCGGCGGUAUGCUCGAAAGAAUUAUUCCGGGAACGCUAACCACUCCUUCAUUUAGAUGCGUCCUCGGGGAAGGAUUCUUCCGUUACAAAGCAGGCGAUCGAUUCUUUUACGAGUACGAUAUAUCGCCAGGAGCUUUUUCACCUGAUCAGCUGUCCGUCAUUAGGAGGUUCUCGUUGUCCACUCUUAUAUGUUUGACCGGCGAUAACAUACAGACGAUGCAGAGAAACGCAUUCCUGCAAAUCAACCCCGGGAACGCGUUGGUCCCGUGUAGACAGAUCUUGACGGAACUAGAUUUGGCUCCGUGGAGAUUCCAAAGUUAA